AUAUAAAUUCAAUUUAUUUAAUACGAAAAUUAAAUUAAGUGAUUGACUGUAAAAUUAGGUCGCGUUAUAUUUUAUUUUAAUCAAGUGAAUACAAAAAUUAUAGUAACGAAAUGUUAGACUGUAUAAGUUUUUCAUUGGACUUGAAAGGAUAGAAAACAAAUCCAAUUGACUUGCCGAUAUUUUUUUAUUGUGUCAAUAAAUUUUUAUCUGAAAAUUUUUUUUCUCUAUGAUUUCCUUUUAUUUUAGUCACUUAUUCUUAUUGUCAAUAAAAAUCAGCACUCGUUACAUUGCUUUUAUAAGAUGAAGUGAAUAAAUGAAAAAUAUAGUCGUCUGUGGCUACUACGUCUUUCUGACUUAUCCUGCAUAAGCUUUAGGAAGUUAACCUCGAGUAGGAUCCGAUUAAGCAAGAAGACCGAUAGUGGAGGGUUCCAAGCUGAUCGAUCUUCCUUGACAACAGUACGGUUGGCAUAACAAAUUCAAUGCCCUCAAAACAUCGACUGCUCUUCUGAUCUUAAAGGAAAAUAGAGAACAUAUUUUUACACAUAAAAGUACAGAAAAAAUCUGUAGACAUCAUAAUGUCGUUGUCCUUAGUCCAAUUUAAUUAUCUCGAUUCGAUUGUCUAGUCACAAAAAAUGACAGUCAGUUUAUUCAACUCGUUUUUUUAUCGCUUCUAUAAUACUUCAAUUUCGUCAACUAAUGAAUAAUAAAAACACAUCAAUCGUUAAAGAGUAAAUGACUUAGAUCAUUGCUGAACUUGAAAAAAGAAAGAUUCUAAAUAAAAUAAAAGUUCAUUUAAAUCAGCAAAAAAUCAAAGAAUGUAUUCAAGUGCAAUCAAUUACUGAAUACAAAAAUAGUAAUUGGUUUGAUAAAAAUUACAAAAACCAGAUACAAAAUAGACAAACAAACAGAAGCCGGAUAGUGGAAACGCCAGAGAAAUCGUUAUGCAAAAUCGGGCCCAGACCACGGCGCAGCGUAUUGCGCAGUCUUGUACGCAGAUUAAGUAGUGGAAGUGGGGGUAGUGACAAAGUCAGUCGUGCUGCAGACUCCAGAUCAUACAGUUCCACAGUGUCCGUCUCCGGGAGUAGCGGUAGUUCAGGUGGCCGCGGUAAUCAUAGCCGUCGUGCCAGUAGAGACGCUAGUCCUACUAGCAAUUCAGCAACGGUUAUUAGCAGUGAUGUUAAUGCAGCUGUUGCUGUUAAUACUCCACUCGGACAUCCUGUCACCCCUCCUUAUGCCUGCCAAGAUUGGCGAAGGCUAGUUGGCAGUAUACGACGUAAAGUCCGACGUAAAACACCAUCCAGCAGUCCAAGUAUCAUUGACUCUCAUGCUCACCAUAAUGAUACCAAGAAUCAAGAUGAUUUUCUCAAAGCAACCAUGAGGAUUUUUUUAGUUGUGUCACCGCCUAUGGCACGUGUCCAGGUACGCUCAAGAUCUUUGAGCCAACUUGACAUGCUGGAUACUGGAGAACACGGUAAUAUGUCAGGUGGGACGACAACUCAGCAUCAGUCACAUCAACUGACAACAUCACAUCACCAUCGCUACCAAAAUCCACCUGUGCCACCGCUACUUUUUUCACCAAAUCCCACUACAGACAGUAAUCCAAGAUUUUUGGUGCCGAGUUUAACAUCGACAGACACUUCCACGUCCAAUCGCACUCGUCAUAAACUAUCACGUUCUCAGGUUUCUAGCAGUGAGUACUUUAGUGUAAGCUUUGAAGUAACUGACGACACCAGUUCUCUUGAGCGUGAGGAAUUUUUACCUGCUUCAAAAGGAACAUAUUUAGCAGAAAUUCUUGGCGCGGCUUGCGAUCGUCGUGGCAUUGAUCUGGCCCGUGUGGACGUAUUUCUUGAUGCUUUUUCUACACCUCUGCCAAUUCACACAACCGAAACAUCGUGCUUAGGUGGUAGACAUUUACGAGUUACUGCCAAAGACGAGAAAACAGCAUUGUCACGUACAGGGAACCAAAAAAGUAAUCAAAAUGUUUCGUUACGUAAAACUGGAAGCUAUCGUGGUCGUGGCGGUCGUUUUUUUAGUAUAUCAACGGAAGACUCGAGUAUGGAUUCAGAGAUGAUACCUGGAGGUAUGCUGACAACUGGGAAAACUACAUCUAGUAGUAGUACUAUAUCUAGUGGUGCGGCGGGUCUUAAAGCCAGUAAGCAACGUUGGAGCGGUUUCUUUACAAAUACAAAAGGAACGAAAAUGGAAUUGCUUGUGGAGCAGCUUAAUAGUUAUACGAAAUUCGGUGUACCGCGUUUACCAGAAAUUCAGCUACCUUACGAUCUCAUUGCAAAUGAACAAGAACUUCUUUAUUCACUGGAGGAAGAUUGGCGUGAUAUUGUCGAGAGUUGGGAUUGCUUGACUGAGAAACAGCAGCAGCAACAAACGGCACUCUGGGAGUUGGCUCAAACAGAAUUAGCUUAUAUAAAGACUCUUAAAGUCGUCACGGAUCUUUUUAUGGCUUGUCUUUGUAGUCUUCAAGCUUCAAAUAUUCUAAUUGAAGUAGACCGUACGAAGCUAUUCAGUAAUAUUCCAGAUAUUUAUACGGCAAAUCGUUACUUUUGGAGUGAGCAUGUAUUGAGAAUGAUAAAUGCUACACGGACGACUGGUAAUCCGCUUGACCCGGGUCAUCUUCUUCAAGGUUUUGAAAUGUUUCAGCAAACUUUUGCACCAUAUACAAGAUACUGCUCAGAACAAAGUAAAUGUCAGCAGUACUGUCGCGAUCGACUUAAUGACAACGAAUUAUUUACGGCCUAUUUAGUUUGGUGUGAAACUCAAAAAGACUGCAAUCGUUUGAGGCUCUUAGAUAUUUUGGUGAAACCAAUGCAGCGAUUAACUAAAUACUCACUACUUCUUAAAGCCGUACAGAAAAAUACUGAAGAUGAGGAACAACGCUCUGAAUUAACUUUAAUGAUUAAAUACGUUGAUAAUUUUGUUGCUUCGGUAAAUGCCGCGCUGCGGAGGUCUGAAGAAACUGCUCGAUUAGCAAGUGCAUCAACUCGUCUAGAUUGUUAUGACGUAGUGGAAACUCGAGACGAAGAGCUUGAAAAAUUAGUUAAAUUGUACAGUAAUCUUGAUAUUACAUCUGCGCUAAUGCCCGGCUGUCCAAAAGAUUCACUGAGGACACUAUUACGCGAAGGCGACUUUAAAUUACGAGACUCAGCAACGAGUAAAACAGAAAUUCACGCUUUUCUUAUGACUGAUAUGCUACUGCUGUGUAAAUCAUCAACGAAGAAAACAUCCAGUAGCGCUAGUUCUGGAGGUGCUGCUGGAAAUUUAAAAAUAAUAAGACAACCUUACGUUGUUGAUCGUUUACGUAUUCAUGAACUUAAGGAAUCUUCUAGUUUUGGUCUAGUCUAUUUAAAUGAAUACGGAGUUGCUACUGCAGCAUUUAUUUUAUCUGCAAGUGAACCGAAACUUGCUAAGUCGUGGAUAGAAUCUCUGCGUAAAUCUCAACAGCAGUUUGCAAUAAUGAAGAUUCCACCACUCGGUGAAAUUCCGCCCACGGCAACAGUGAGCAGACAAGCAAGCACGUAUUUGGGAGACGGUGAUUUUGAAUUGGAAGACAAUGAUAUGCUACCAAGAACACCCCGGGGUAGCAGUCGAGCUUCUCGUGUCAGCAGUUUAGCACACAGUCAUAGCGGGAGUAUAGAGAUGGAAGGUGUUUCUCCGGGUGGAAGUAGUUUUCUACCGAGUUAUAAUCAAAGUAGAAAUGUCAGCGUCGAUACCAAUGAACCCCCACAUGGAUCGAGUCUUUCGUCAGAAGAAGGUACUGAACUUGGUCUUAGUCUCAAUCAUAGGCCUCUUCAAAUCAGACGAUCAUUGUUGAGUAAAUCACCAACUCCUAAUACCUUAAGCGUUCAAGUACCUGCAUACUCAUGUCUUGGUCAAUCUUUACCUAAUUUAACGCUUGCAACAUCACCACAAACUUCAACAGUUUCACCAACACCACCUAAUUCACUUUUAAUAGUUCCGCAAAUUACCAAGAGCAAGGAUACACUACUGUCUCCAGGACAUAGAGGUAUUUCAUAUCCACCUCCAUCGCCACCACGUGGAGCACUAAGACGAGCAUUUGCAAUUCCUCAAUCACGGAAUCCUCCUUUAAUAAAAACGAGGCACGUAAAUGCGUCAGUGGCCUCGGCGUCUGUACAAUCGACCGUAAGUUUUGAUACCGAGGCGAUUGAAGAAAGACGUAGAAGGCUGGAAGCUCAACGUACACCCUCAUUUAGUGGUGGCUCUGUUAAAGAAGAAAAAAGAAGUGAAGAAAAUCGAUGAAGUGUCUUUAUCCUUUGAGAGGAUAUUGCUAUUUUAUAGUCGAGCGUGUUUGAAAGGGCAAAAAGCUCAUUCAUCAGACGUCUUGACGGUUUUGGAAUACUGCAUUCUACAUGUAAAAGCUAUUGUUUACAUUGUAACAGCGGUAUUUUUUUUCCACCCUUGAUUAAAUUGUUUUUGUACACACAUAUAGGGGCCACUUGAAAUCAACGUAAAUUAUGAAGUUUAUAAUGAUGACCAUACAGAUUAUUAUUAUUAUUAAUUGUUAAUAUAAAAAUAUAUACAUUUAUAUAUGUUAAGCAUAUAAAUUUACACAGUCAUCAAAAAAAGUUUUUUUGUUUUGUUUAAUGUUGCAGUGCAACUUACGCGCGUGCGCGCUUGUCUGUGAAUGUAAAUUGUGAUUAAUAUCAUAAAUUAUUUUUUUUUUUUCUAGAUAUCUAAGCAAAAAAACGGGCCUACUAGAUUGUAAUUAAUAGUUAAAAAAAAAAAUAAUAAAUAAAUAAAUGCUUUAAGAAAGUCUGUAGACUAACUAAAAUAUAUAAUUAAAUAAAUAUGAAAAUUGUAUAAUUAGGAGUGAUAUUUUGACUUUUAGAAAAAUGUAAAAUACAAUUGUUUCGUAAAUUUUAUAAAAUACGAGCAAUGUAUUGUAUUAAUUAGACAAAGAAAAAUACAAAACAAAUGAUUCUCAAAACUGUACAUAUUUAGUAGUAAUAUUUUGAUUAUUAGUAUGUACUAAUUAAUCUACAAAAUCGGAUCAAAAAUACUUAUUGUUUUUUUUUUUUUUU